AUGGCUGAAUACACCCAAGGAACUGGGAAUAACUAUCACUCUGGUUUCCCAUUUAGUGGAAACCCCAUGGGAAUGAAUGGUCUGCAUACUUCUAAUGGAGUCAUGAAACAGAAGGAAAACUUCCAGAUGGCAUGUGAGAAAGAAAACAUCAAGCCUCAGACAGCCAGUGAUCUCAACUCUCUACAAACAACACAAGCCAAAGUCCCCAAGGAUCAACAGGGCACAGUCACCUCCAGUUCUGCCCAAGAGCCACUGUCCCACCGCAGGAAGAGGACGGUUUACAGCCAGGCCCAACUUGAUGCCCUAGAGCAGUUCUUCCAAAGUAACAUGUACCCAGACAUCUACCACCGGGACUGCCUAGCUAGACAGAUCCACUUACCAGAGUCACGGAUUCAGGUCUGGUUCCAGAAUAGGAGAGCAAAGGCCCGACGUGAGAAGCCUAAAUCAGGCAGGGUCCCUGUGCACCCCGGAAUCCUGGGUGCAAACAGCUACCUGUACUCUGCACCGCAACAACAUGUUCCAAAGACUAUGGCUCAGCAGCAACAAAUACCAGUCCAGCCACCUCAUAAUAUACAACAGAACUCUGUCCAGUGGGCCACAGAAUCCAUGCCUUGGUCUGACUCCUCCUGUGCAGUCUCCAGUGAGAGACACCGCAUGCAGCAAGCAGCUUCCAGUCCCUAUUUCCACAAUAUACCAUAUACAAAUCCUUAUAGUAACCAGCAUGUGUUGUACAGAGGGAUGACACCCAUUGUCUUCAAGCAGGAACAGGAGGAUAUAAGCAUGAGACAUUCUCAGAUGUCCAUGAUGCACAUGAACUACAGCUUCAAGAGCUACUAUGACAACCUUCCAUCCAACAGGACCAUCACUCCAGAGAUGAGUGAGUUGGUUCCUCAGACACCUGUGUCCACAACCUCCUGCAGCUAUGGUGGAAUGAGCCAGUUUGCCACUCACAAUUCACCAGUACAGGCUACACCCUAUCUACAGCAUUCUCCCAUCUCAGAUUGUAGUGUCAGUGACAGUUCCAGUGAUGCUCUUUUUGAUUGGGAGGAAAAUGUAGUUUCUGUCCUCCAUGACCUGCAAUAA